AUGGCUGACUCGGAUUUUGAAGAGAUUCGCCGCCUCCAGGCGGAGCGCAACGCGGCAAAGGCCGGAAAGCCUGGUUCAAAAACUUUUGAUCCUACCUCGCAGCGUGAAUCUUCCAAACAAUCUUUGACAGACACAUUCGAUACGACCCUUUACGACCGCGCUGGCGGUGACAAGUUCGCUGGAUACAACACUUCCAUUCCUGUAAAUGAAGAAGAUGAUGAUGUGGAUAUGGCUGGCGGUGACGGCACACGCAGGUUGGUUGGCCAGUAUACAGCCUCUAAAGAGCUAUUAAAUGAGUUUGCUGGCGCCGGCGAUGACGACACCGAUCUCAUGAUUUCAAAGGCAAAGGGCGCCCAGAUCGCCGACAGAGAGACCGACUACCAAAAGCGAAGGUUUCAAAGACAGUUGACGCCAACACGAAAAGACGCGUUCAAGGAAGAUGGCGAGGGUCGAAGCUAUAGGGAGGUCAUGCAGGAGAAGGAAAUUGAAAGGGAGGAGGAAAGAGUUAGGCGGAAAAUAGAGGAAUCAAUGAAAAAAGAGGGAAACGGAGCUGACCGGAUGGAAGGUGUCGAGUACAAAGCAAGCCUAAAAGAAGAAUCGGACAGAGAGAGCUCUGCAACUGAUGGUACAAGGAAGAGGAAGAAGCGAUGGGAUGUAGCAGGCGACGAAGGUGCCGUGGCGAUCAAGGAAGAAGAUUCCAAGAAGCCACGAGCAAGCAGAUGGGACAUUGCAGCUGCUCCAGAUGCAACACCAGUGGUAAAGCGCUCUCGAUGGGAUCAAGCUCCAUCUCUUACUGCUGCUACACCUGUUGGAAACCAGGGACUUGUGACUCCCAUGCACCCAUCUGUUUCUGCUACCCCUGUUCCUCACAUGCCUCUUACUUUUGGACAUGGAGACAGGAAUGCGCCUCUAUCAGAUGAAGAGCUCGAUGAGAUGUUGCCUAGCGAAGGUUAUAAAAUUCUUGAACCCCCGCCGGGAUACGCUCCGAUCCGUACACCAGCAAGGAAGCUUAUGUCCACGCCGGCACCAAUGAACUCCACAGGCAUCGGUGGCUUUAUGAUGCAGGAACCUGAGAAUGCCAGGAUCCUCGGGAAGCAGAUGCCUGCGGAUAUUCCGGGGGUCGGCGAUCUUCAAUUCUUCAAGCCAGAGGAUAUGGCCUACUUUGGGAAGCUUGUUGACGGUGGUGAUGAGAAUGCGAUGACUGUUGAGGAGUUGAAGGAGAGGAAGAUCAUGCGUCUUCUUCUCAAGGUCAAGAAUGGAACACCUCCCAUGCGAAAGACAGCAUUACGUCAACUCACUGAUAACGCCCGCCAAUUUGGCGCAGGUCCGCUGUUUAACCAAAUUCUGCCUCUGCUUAUGGAGAAGACGCUCGAGGAUCAGGAACGUCAUUUAUUGGUGAAGGUCAUCGAUCGUAUCCUUUAUAAGCUCGAUGAUCUUGUUAGGCCGAUUACUAUGCGCGUGUUGAAGGCCGCGAGAUUAUCAGCAAUUUGUCGAAGGCUGCCGGUCUAG